AACUCAACUCAGAGAAAACGGAAAACAUAACUCAUAAAUCAACAAUGGCUCUUCGUUUCUCUUUCCUUUUCCUGUUCUCUAUCCUCUUAACGACGUCGUUAUUAGUGUCCGCUAACGACGAUAUUUUAAUCCGUCAAGUGGUUAACGACGAUAAUGAUCAUAAUCACGAUCAUCACUUCACGAUAUUUAAGAAAAAUUUCGGCAAAACGUACGCCUCUAAUGAGGAGCAUGAUUACAGAUUCUCGGUAUUUAAGGCUAACUUGCGCCGUGCAAUGCGUCACCAGCAGCUUGAUCCGUCUGCUGUACACGGCGUUACUCAGUUUUCCGAUCUGACGCCGGCGGAAUUCCGACGGAGCUUUACCGGCGUUAACCGCAGGUUACGGUUACCUUCUGAUGCGAAUAAAGCUCCGGUUCUUCCAACGGAGGAUCUUCCGAAGGAUUUUGAUUGGAGAGAACAUGGUGCCGUCACGCCAGUAAAGAAUCAGGGUUCAUGCGGGUCAUGCUGGUCGUUUAGCACGACUGGUGCGUUAGAAGGUGCCAACUUUCUUGCAACAGGGAAGCUGACAAGCCUUAGCGAGCAGCAACUUGUGGACUGUGAUCACGAGUGUGAUCCAGAAGAAAAAGGUUCUUGCGACGCUGGGUGCAGUGGUGGGCUAAUGAAUAGUGCCUUUGAAUACACUCUCAAAGCUGGUGGACUUAUGCGAGAAGAAGAUUAUCCAUACACUGGCACUGAUAAGGCAACCUGCAAAUUUGACAACACCAAAGUUGCAGCUAAAGUUGCUAACUUUAGUGUUGUCUCACUUGAUGAGGAGCAAAUUGCUGCUAAUCUUGUCAAGAAUGGCCCUCUCGCUGUUGCUAUCAAUGCAGUGUUCAUGCAGACUUAUGUUGGCGGAGUCUCCUGCCCAUAUAUAUGCUCUAAGAAUUUGGAUCAUGGUGUCUUAUUAGUUGGUUAUGGUACUGGCUUUUCUCCCAUUCGAAUGAAAGAGAAACCGUACUGGAUCAUCAAGAACUCGUGGGGAGAAAAAUGGGGAGAAAGUGGAUACUACAAAAUCUGUAGAGGCCGCAAUGUUUGUGGAGUGGAUUCAAUGGUUUCAACAGUUGCAGCUGUUAGUACCAGCUCAUAGCGAAAUUUAACGUCUAUUUUUACAGACUACACUAUUAAUGUAAAUUAAGUGUAGCUAGUAUUUUCCAGGACCCAUCAAUCAUUUGGGACAUGCGAAUUGUUGUUGCUUCAAAGAAAAAGAUAAGCUUCUAUUUCAUUGUUUCAAUUCAAGAAACUCCAAAAUAAAGCACAUUUGUCAUUGA